ACGCUUGUAAACGUCAGCAAACCAUUCGGUUUGUGGUAGCGAGAUUACAAUAGUGACAAUUGAUUCAAUAUCGUGAAAAAUGGGUCGCACCGAUUUGGAUAGAAUAUUAUCGAUAGAUCCGUCGUCAUUAACGGAUGACGAUAUGGAGGAUCUUUACCCUGCCAUGAUUAGUUGCGAUGUAGAUGAGAUUAGUAACCUGCAUAACCUAAGAGUCCUAAUGAAAGUCUCUCAGGAAAUACUACAAUACAAAGACAAUCAAGUAGAGUCAUUACUUUUAGAAUGCGGUAAAUUAAAAGAAACUAUUACUUCUUUGAAACCUGAGCCUGCUAAGCGUAAAAAGAAAGAUUGGGAUACAUCUGAUACAAAACAUGGAACCGAUGAUAUAUCCAAACAUUUGGAUAUACCAGAAAGUACUGAUUACAAUGAUGAAUUACAAGGGAAAAAUAAAAAGAUUAAAAUUCUUAUGACAGAACUAGAGAGCUUAGAGAAGGAGAACGUAAUUUUGAAAGAGCAGUUAACAACUUUAACACUAGAAAUGGAAGAUGCAACGCAAAAGAUGAACGAGAUGACAGGAGAAUUGUCUUCCUCUCAAAUGAAAUUCACAGAAUACAGAGACAAAAUAUCGUACUUGGAACGCGAGAAUGCUGCGUUAGUUGCUCAAAUUGAGGAAAUAACUGCCCAGCAAGUAGAUAGAGAUAACGUAAUAGAUGAAUUCGGUGCAGCAAUUGACACUAGAAUUAACGAAUGGAAGGCAAUAUUAGAUGAAAAAGAUGCUGAAAUUCAGCGACUACAGGAAAAUUUGCAACAGUCACUUAUACAAUCUGUGGCGUCUGUUAAAGAACAAAAUAAAUCAGAGAUUGUUCAUUUAAACGAGGAAUUAGAGGUUCGCGAUAAAUUUAUCACCGAAUUAAAAACAAAGCUUUCCGAAGCUGUAGUUGAGAUUAACGAAAGUGCGACGCUUAUAGAAAAGCUAAAAGCAGACGCACGAAAGGUUGGAAAAAAUGGCAAAAAGAAACAGCACAAAGAUUUGCUAAAAAAAUUGCAAGAUGCAAAUGAGCAAAUAUCUAAGUUGCAAAUUAAAUUGACAGAGGCAGAGGAAGAUGCCCAAUUAAGAAGCAGUAAAUUGUGCGAAGUAUUAGUGACUUUAAGGAAGUACGAGGAUGAAAAUCAAGGCCUGACGGAUGCGCUGAAUGAAAUAAAAGUGUUACAGGAUGAUCAGAAGGAUAAAAAUGAGCAUAUCAAAGACUUAAUUAACGUCGUUAACAAACUGGAAAUGUUAAAUUCGUAUCAAGAAAUGGAGAUCGUAACUCUUAGAGAAAAGCUAGGAAUUCCAGAAGAUGAAUCAGUGUCGAUACAGAACGUUAUAGAGAAACGUAAAAAGGAAGCAAAGAAGUUAGAAAGUCUAAUGGAACAAAAUAAAAUCCUUGUUGAAGAAAAUUUAGAAAUGAAAUCAGAUAUAAGGGUAUUAAAAUAUAAAUUAAGUAAGACUUCGAAAGUGUUAGACCUCUCGGAUUACACCGUAGACGGUAGUACUGAAUUUUUACAUUCGACCAAAUUGCCAGAGUCCGAACUUCAAUUGUUGUAUCCUAAAUCGACCAUGCAACAGGACAUGCAGCUACUUUUAGAAGAGAACGAAGCUCUCAGAACUGGCAUGCACGAAAUUUUGGACAGUAUACGUAAUCAAGACGGUAAAAGCAUAGUGGAAAUACAGUCUAGCGCGUUAGAAAGGUUGCUAGAAGCUUUAGAUGUAAGACAUUUAGCUGGCUGGUACCACCCAGCAAUGAGGUUGCAAGAACACUUGAACGUUGUACAGGGUAGCAAUGCUGAAUUACGAGGACAGCUUAAGCAGUUGAGAAAAGAGCUGCAAAGAAAGGACAAGAUAUUUCAGGCUCUAGCCUUGAACAAGAAUACGGACAUCGAGAAAGUGUACGCGGAAGAGUCUGACAGUGAAAAAGCGACGAUGUAUCUCUCCGAAUUGAAAAGGUUGCAAGAAGUGUACGCUAAUGAAGCGGACGAUUGGGAAAAUCAGAAGGACUCGUUGAAACAGCUGAACAGCGAAUUAAAAACUGAGAUAGAAAAGCUGAAAUUGCAGCUCGAUGUUUACGAGCAGAGUUCAAAGAUACUAGAAGAAGGUGAUGACGAAAUAAAAAAGGCUUACACGAUUAAAACCAAAGAGUACAUAAAAGCUGCCAGCGAGGUUCUCAUAAUAAACAGAAAAAACGCUGCUCUUCAGCAACUUCUGGACAAAGAAACUAUGAAAGCGUAUCACGACCAUAAGGAAGUGAUAAAAAAUGAAACAUACUUAAGGAGGGCUCAUGCUGAUGCAAACAAGCACAACAACAUUCUUGAACGAGAGAUUUCGAUAUUACAAAGCAACCUGUCCAAUUCGGUUAGCAAAACAACGUACAACGAACUUAAAGAGAAGCACAAAGAACUGAGCAUACGAUAUCGCAAUUUGUUAGAAAAUCAUAUGGUGUCCCAAAACGAUAACGAAACACAGAUAUUGACGAAGGAGUUGGAACUCUUGAAGCAAGAGAAGAAUCAACUCAUCGAGUUGUUGCAGAAGGAUUAUGGUUCCGAAAGUCAGGAGGACUUAACGCAUCAGUUGAAGGAAGCCAAGGCUAAGGAAUUGCUGGAGAAGCAACGUGCCGAUCACGUGACCAGCUUGCAAGAAAUCUUGCAGGUCCAGUUAUCAAAGUGCGAGGAGAAUAUCAAAGAUGUGACUGCUGCCAAGUCCGAAUUACAGGAGGAACUGAUAAUCCUGCACAAGAGACUCGCGAAAGACGUGUCCUUCGAGAAGUCUCUGCCUAUAGACGACAACAGAAUGCAGGAAUUGAAGGACAGUAUCGAGCAGUUGAAGGUGGAAAACGAGAAGUUGACGAAGUCACUUCGAAUCUCUGAGGAAGAAGCUGAGAGACAGUAUAAAUUGAAUUCGUUGAACACUUCGGAGUUGGACAGCCUGAUGCACCAGAUUCUGGACUUGCAAGCUGCCAGUGAAGAUAAAGCUACCAUCUCAAGGCUCGAUUUCGAAUUGGCGAGCACGAAAAUGGCGGAGAUGGAACUGAAUGCUCAGAAAGCACGAUUGGAGAACGAGGUGUCUAGUUUACAGGAGGAGCUCGAUAAAGCAAGGACAACGUGCGAGGGGUUGCGUUCUUAUGUGCAGGAUUGUCGUAAACAAUGCGAAACGCGAUGCAGAACGUACGUAGACACUAUAAGGUUCCUGCAGAAUCAAUAUGCAGGUUCCACUUCCAUCAGUGCUUUAGAUAGAAUAAUUUCGUUAUCGUCGAAGUUGAACCAAGAACGACAGAACGUUGACUCCGAAUUAAAAAAUGCGAGAGAGUGCCACGAAAGCGCCAAAGUUCAACAAGAGAUGUUAACCAAUCGCUUGCAAAUUGUCGAGAGCUUGAAGGAUAUUUUAGAACAACAGAUUGGAAGUAAUAGCGUGCAGGAUAUCGUGCAGCGCUUUUCUGAAUAUUCGCAGUACACUUUAAACGAUUUCAAGUACAAACGAAAGAUAACUCAAUUGGAGCACGAGUUGCAAAUCGUCAACGACAAAUUUGCGGAAUACGAGUCGCUCGUAACCAGCAUGGAACAGGACAUGAUGCAAGUUCAAAAGGCUUGGUCGAGAGCUCAAGAGAAACACGGGAAAGCCGACGUGCGCAGCACAGGGACCAGCCCAGUGUCUCUAGAAAAUAAACACGAAUCGGUUCAAGCAACGACAGCGACGCAAUCCGGGGAGAUACAAACGGAUCCUUACACAUGUUGUCUGGAUAAGAAGGACACGAGCGAAGUUGAAGUUCAGACCGCCUCGCCUCUGAGAAAAACAGGACUAGGGGGAUCGCCUUCGAAGGAGAAGCAAACAGAACAGAUCGAUGCAGCGGAGCACAAGGACGCAGAAACAGAGCAAGAAGAAAAACUAACGCGAAUGGAGACCGAGCCGAGAGGACAGACAAUGGAGAAAGACGCGACGACGGAAAGGAGCGAGCAGCCCGAGGUGUCCUUGCUUCGCGAGCAAUUAAACCAGACUUUAAAACUCGCCUCUGAACGGUCCGUGACAUUAGUCAUGUACGAAUCGCAGAUAGCGGAGUACCAAAGGCAGGCGACGGUAUUGAAGAAAUCGAUAGAGAGCAAGGAUUCGCAAUUAAUGCAGAAGGAAAAACUGCUGGAGGAGUACAGGUUAUCGUCUCGGCCGGAGCCACCAAGCGCUGACUCCAGUGACAAACUUGCCCUGAAGUCGACGAUAAACAGUUUGCAGAAGCUUCUCGGUCAGAAGGAGGAAACCAUAACCAGGUAUCAGAGUCUGCUGAAGGAGGACAGGGACGAGCACAGCAAGGCUGCUGCUCGAUUGCAGGACGAGAUCAAGAGCCUGCACGGUCGAAUUCAGUCGAUGGAGAGCGAGAUCCGCGAGUCGAAUCAACGAAGUACCGUCGAGAACGUCGAGCCAGAAAAAUUGGCCAAAGAGACGACGAAUGAGAUCGCUGUGAGAACUGUCGCCAAGAGUAACGCCAUGCAAGUCGAGGAGGUAGCGAGGCUUCACGAAAAGGUCUCGAACCUCGAGGCGGAUCUGAAUAUCACCAGAGAGUUGAGCGAUCGCUGGCAUCUGCUAGCUGAAGAGAGACUGAAGCACAUGGAUGGUAUGAGGGAGAGACUCGAGGAGCAACACAAAAGCGAGCUCGAGAGUUAUCGUGGAGAAUUGAAGAAGUGGCAGUCCGAGGCGGACAUGCUUCGCAAAGAAUUGGCCGAGAAUCGCAUAUUGCUUACGAAAGGGAACAUUUCGUUGAUGAAGGAGCUGCAGGAGAGGGACGACAAAAUUCACGAGCUCAGUCUGACCUGCCAACAGCUUCAGAACGAGGUUGAGUUAAUGGGGUCUGCGACCAGAUCCCAACGAGCCAUAACGCACAGUGAGUCCGAAAGGAAGACUCACGAAAUUACUUUGGCCUUUAAUCGCGAUCAGUCGCAGCAACAAGCGCAGACGGAGGUUGUGCGCAAACAGCUGCAGUCGUUGCUGGAAAAGGAGAAAACGUACAAGCACGAAAUUUCGGAAUUGAAGCAACAACUCAGCCGCAGAUACAUGGCUGUGAAGUCCCAGGAAAAGAAAACUUCGCAAAGGGAAGCGCAGCUCGAACGUAAAGUGAAGAGUUUAGAAGAAGAUCUGGAGAAAGCUCGAACUCAAUUAGAUCGCGAAUUUUUAGUUCAGGAGGCGAAGAAGGUUAAGACCGCAGAGGAACUUUCACUAUGGGAGAAGCAAAAGAAAUGGCAACAAACCGCCGAAAAAUUGAAAGAGAAGCUCAAGGAGAAGACAGACGAGUACACGAAAUUGCUUUCGAGUUACGACAAACUCCGAUCGGUAGUGAUGUGUAUGGAAAGGGAGAAGUGGUACUUGAAGAGCAAACUAAAAAUGGAGAACAGCACCAUAGCUGGAGGUCUGUCCGCCAGACCUAUCGCAACCACGCAACAAAGCGUGACGGAGGAGCUUCAGAAAGAGUGUCAGAAUCUGCGAGAGCGCGUCAAGGAAUUAACGGAUCGAUUAGAGAACGAGGACAACGAGAAGCUUCUGCUAAAAAUCGAGGAACAAAAGAGACGUAUCGCUGCAUUAGAAGUUGUUUCUCAGGGAAACAGCUGCGUGGCGAUUGAGUUAGAAAAACUAGAAAUGACCAAGGAUAUCCUCGAGAAAAUGAAUUUAGCUUUCGAGAGUGAGAAUUUCGAGCUAAGGCUCGAGUUAGAAAAGGUGAACGCGGAUGUGCCGAGAUUGCGAGAGAAAGUCGAGCACUUGGAGAAAUACAUAGAGUUGCUGAAGGUAGAAAAAUCGUCAGAUUCGACGUCAAGGUUGUCCGACAGAGACUCGCACGACCACGGUUCGAAAAAGUCUAUCUUGGAAAUGGAGAAGACGAUUUUCACGUUGAAACGAAUCAUCGAGAAAUUGCAGGCGGAGAACAAGCGACUGAGGAUGGGUUCGAAGAAGAACGACAUCAUGCAUCAGGGCAAAUUCGCGACUAGACAGAGCGAUAGCGCUCUCCAAAGACAAUACGAGGAAGCCCAGAAACGCGUGGUGGCGUUAGAGACGGAUCUGCAGCUGGCCGAGCAGAGAUUAGUUGCGUUCGAAAGGGCUCAAGCUGAGGAUGACGGCGGGGAGAUAAAGGUUUUGAAGGAUCAGUUGGUCCACAAGUCGGAGCUCUUAGACAAAGUCAAACAUUUAUUAUCUAGGGCGGCCGUGAACGAAAAAAGUCUUCGGCAGCGUGUACAGCUGUUGGAAUCGAGACAAGCGUUGUCUGUAAUACCAGAGUGCCACGUGACGCCUGCCACGGAGUAGUCAUCGUUCGUGUCGACCCAGGACGUCGAUGAUGAGCCAGCCAAACGUACCGCUAAGUAUGUCGAAAAGUGUAAAAUAAACACCAAACAAAAAUUAUUUAAUUGUCAUCGAACCAUUAAAAUUAUCAAAAGGAUCCUAAUUGUUUUAAAAUGUAUAGAAUAUAAAAGCUGUCGCCAAAAAAACAAAACAUAAAAAGAGUUAUCGAGUAAGAUCAAGGAAAACUUGCCACUAUUAUUUUUCGUUAAAAGAGUCUUGCGACAGAUCUUUAUUCGUAUUCCAAUUAUUGUUUUAAUUCCUCGAUAUUUUUAGUUUCAAGUUCAGCAUUCCUAGUUUCGUACGUGACUUCAGCUUUACCAAUGCACGUAUAGAAAAUAUUGUUCAUCGAAUCAGAACCAGAAUCAAGAAAUGUCGUCGACCAUUGGUGUUAAGCGACUUUUUUCGGGAUU